GGGGAUGGAGGGGGUGGGUUUUUGUAUGGGAUUGUGUGCGGUGGGAUUCGGGAUGUUGGACCGAACUUGUUUGCGUAUUCGAUACCGAAGGGGGAUGUGAGGGAUUGGACAUAUUUGGGGACCUUGAUGGAUGAUGAAUCGCUACCGGUAGGAGAGGGGUUGCCGGACAUUGGGCAGAACUGGGAGGUGUGCAAUUUCUUCGAGUUGGAGGGGGAGUGCUUCAUCAUCGCUGGUGCGGAAGGCUCGACAACGCCUUCCCCUCCACCAUCAAGGUCGUCAUCAGUCAACGGCGAUGCGGAGGGCGGGAUGCCUGAACGGCCUGUACGACGUGCAUUAUGGAUAUCGGGAUCGCUCGUCUGGACCCCGGCUGGACACAAGUGGAGAACGAAGGCAAUGGGAUUCCUAGACCACGGACUUCUGUACGCCGCGAACUCUUUCCCUGAUUCUCGACAAAAUAGAAGAAUUUUGUGGGGCUGGGCACCGGAGGAUGAUUGUCAUCCUAAGCGGAGGGUGAAUGAAGGGUUUGCCGGGUGUUUGGCGGUGCCGAGGGAGUUGUUUGUGAAGGAGGUUGAGGGUGUGAGCGGGACUAUUGGUAUCUGGAUAGGUAGCGAUGGAAAGACGAGAACGCUGGGAGUUAGGCCGGUGAAGGAGACUGAGGAUCUUCGUUGUAACGCGAAGCUUACGAAGGUGCGAGACGUGAUCGUCGCUACAGGAGAUAGCACAAAGGUAGCCGAAGCGAGAACGAGGCAGUGGGAGCUUGACGCUAAGAUUGUCAUCGGAAAGGGAUGCGGAAAAGUCGGAGUUAGAAUCUGUCAUACGCCCGACAACGCGGUGGGGAUGGAUGUCGUGUAUGACGUGGAGAAGGGUGUUCUCUUCGUUCAACGGGAGCGCUCGACAUCCUCGCCUGAAGGUAUCAUUACUUCACCUGAUAUCGGACAGUUGACACUCUCUACGGCAGAAGACGGAGCAGUGGAGCCUCUGGAGCUAAGAAUACUUUUCGAUGGCAGUGUGAUGGAAGUUUACGCAAAUGAGAGGUUCGCGUUGACUACGAGGGUUUACCAUGCUGAGCGCGACGUGAAGGCAGCAACCGCAGUAUCUGUGUUCGCUGAGCCCGCCGGAAUGGCCAAUGGAGUCCAUGGAGACGGAGAAUUUGAGGGGUCAGUCAAGAUCGGAGAGUUGAAUAUCUGGGAUGGAACUGGGAUGUGACGACGUCGUGGAAGAACAUCAAGACUACAGACGAGGAAGAGAGAAGA